UAUAUUUUAAUUAAUUAUACAAUUACAUCAUGUUAUGUUGUAAAUCUUUACAAAAAUUUAACGAUCUUGGCUCGGUAUCAUUUACGUGUUUAAUUACUGAGACAUUUAUUUCUCUCUCUCUCUCUCUUGUUAGAUUUUUUUGCAGAAUAAAACAAGAUCUUUUUUCUUUCGCGUUUUUCGCGCGUCUAAAGUAGAUGACUGAUGACAAUUGAAUACCGCGGUGAAAAAAAGUCACGUUUGAUCUCCGGUAAUCGUAGGAGGCAAGGAAGAAAGCGGGAAAAUUAGUCGGAUGCACUUUUAUCUCGGUGCACAGAUGCGGAGAUAACCGGACGAGGGUGUGAAACUCCACGAUGCGCGCGUAAAUCGUUAACUGAAGCUGCGAAUAAUAAGGCACGUGUCGCGCUCGUCGUGAACGGGCGCGUUAACGAGACUCUGUGACAAGUGCAGCGUACGUAUGUGUGCGUAUGUGUACAUGUGUGCGUGCGUAUGCGUGUGGGUCUCAAUCACGGCAACUUUUUCGCAUGAAAACCACAGGUCGAGCACUUGGCCGCACGCGACGCGUUAACACGAAAUAUCAUACUGUACAACUCGCGCACUGUAGUUAAUACUCCCUGGCUGUGCUCGCGCCGGUGUUAAAAUACGUGUUCGCGGUCGGUUGGACUCAUUGUGGGCGCCAGCGACGAGCGAUCAUCGACCAUGAAGUCGCAAACCGAAGCGAGGAUUUCUACAGGCGGAUUACAAACUUGAUCGAAUUCUCCUCGCGCCGAUACCUGUUGCCAAUAAUCGCGCCGAUGACUUUCUCACUUAACGAGGGACUUCUCGCAAUCAAUUUCGCGGCCAGAGCAGCCCUUUAGAGAGUAUUCUGAUCUAGAACGCGAAAGUGUUUACUUAUACUUUUGCAACUUUCUUUUUAAAGAAAACUGCUAUACAUUUUUCUUUCAUGCUUUUGUACGUCUACUUGUAUAUGUUUACUAAUUUUUGAUGUGGCUAAAUGUUUAUUAGUUUUUAUGUUAUGUAAAUUUAAAAUUGAAUACAUUUUUCAAGUCGGCUGACAUAAUUUCUUAGGAACUACUGAAGCUAAACAACUUCAACUUUUGCGUAUAUGUGAAAUAUAUGUUUGUUUAUCGCCUGAAUUGAAAUUAUUGCGGUAUCUAUAAAUUAACUAUUACAUAUAUAUUAAAUUUAAUCCUUUGUUUUAAAAAAUCGAUAUUUGAAAAAGAGAUGUUUAAUUUCAAGAUAUUAAAAUUUUAUUUUUAUCUCUGCUUUUUAAAUAUGUAAAAAUGUUUUAGUUUCAAACGGCGUCCAGAUUUAAAACACUAAAACAUUUAAGAGCUAUUAAAGUUGUUUCAACUUUAAAUAACAUAAAAACUAGUAAACACUUUGUCACACAUUUUUGAAAAUUUGUAAAUACUAAAUAUGCAUACAGUCUUUCAAGUUACCUCGUGUCUGCGCUAUUUACUCAUUGGGAAAGAAUUGCUUUCUUACUUUUUGCAUAAAUCACAAGAUUUUGAUUCAUACUUUGAUGCUUCUACUUCAAUAGCUCGUGAAAUCCAUCGAUUAUUGCCUGGCACCUCCGAGGCGUACUUUGGACGAGAUUUUCGACGUAUUCUUUCAUUAGAGACUUCCAGAUUACACGAAUUUGUCGCAAAAGCUGCUUCAAAUUGUGAAUCUUUUUUCUACGAAGCUUUACCUUGAUAAAUACCCACGUAUUUUCAAUAGGAUUAACAUUAGGUGAUGCCAAUCCUAUUAAAAUGUGAAAUUAAUUAAAUCACUUUUUUCUAACUUUAAAAAUUUAUCCCUUAAGAAAUUGCGUUAUACAUGCCAAAAUUUUACAAAUUUUGAGAAACAGCUGAAUAUUAUGAUGAAGCAUCAACGAUAACAGUGCCAUUUACAAUCCUGGAAAAAAGUAAGAAGCAAUUCUUUCCCGAUCAGUAAAUAUCGCAAACACGAGGUAACUUGAAAGACUGUAAAUGUAUAAGUAAAUGUAUAAAAGAGUUAAAAAAAGACCGUAUAGAGUUAACAUCGUAUAAGAAUAUACCUAAUUUAAAAGCAUUACGCAAAAUAGAUAAGAAAAUCAGGCUGCUUGAGAAGAGCUUUAUCAAAUGAAGGGCCAAAUCGAUGCAACCUAAUUCACGCUAUAUCUGACUACACGAUUUGUCUACGACAUACAUUUCUCGUAUUUCGUAGACUUAUAAUUAACGACCAUAUUAAUAAUUUCACUCAUUAAAUAUUCAUCCCACAUUUACCGAAUCAGAUAACAUAAGAUCAUGGCGAGAGAGUCACUCCUCAUUAAUGAAUUAAGAAAUAUUUUGCAUACGUGCGUUUUCUCCUAGGAUGACCCCAUAUGUAACUACAAAUCAGCCGAUCCGAUGCGAAAGAACGCUGGUUUCCCUUAAACGCGAGGUCCCCCCGUUUCCCAAGAGAGCGACGAGAGCAAGUCCCGGCUCGUUCCCGAGGCGGGGUACGCAUGUGACGAGAGAAAUAAGAAAAUCCCCCUUUGCCCUGCAAUAGAGUCGCACUGUUAGGUGUGUGUGGGAUCGUCGUUGUGCGGUGCGCGGCACGGCUCGGCGGGCCGCGCAAAGGCCGCCCAAUUAAUUAAGAUAGCUCCUAGACACACACGCUAGAUCGAUAGGGACCGGCCGCGAUAAAGACUGGCGAGGGUCUCAGACUUCAGGGAUGUUGCAGUGCUGUGGUGUUGGAGGUGGCGCUUCCACGGCUCCGCAGCUGCACGGUACCGGAUCCGCUGUCGGGGCUACCACCUCCACGAGAACCACCAUCAUGCAGGACGCAGUUCUCGAAUCCAUCCUGGAGCAAAUGCGGGAGACGGAAGCCCGGCGAGCGGAGCUGGAAAGGCAGCAUGCGGAUGCACAGAACCAACUGCGGGAGAAGAUAGCAGGACGCUAUCAGGGCCCGGAAUCUGUCGAGGCGUUGCAGUCAAAGAUCCGGGAGCUUGAGAAGAAGACCGAGCUGCAAAUAGUGAAGCACGAGGAGCUGUCGCUGGAAUUGACCAGUCUGAGUCGUGCGCGCAGCAGGGGACCUGUCAUGGGACAUGUCACGUCCACGAACGUCCCGACGUCCACCUGGCCACCGGCCGGCUCCGAGAUUGAUAGAAUCAUCGCCAAGAUCGAGCAGGAUACUAGCGCCGGCAGAAUAUUGCACGAAUUGGACACGCGGGGCGCGAUAACCACGCAACAACCCUCGGCUACGCAGGGCAUCCUUAGGUCCAGCUCGGAAAAUCUUCCCAACCUCGGUCAGCAUCAGCAUCCACCUCAUCCGCACGCCCUCAACCUCGGGAUGCCUACCCAGCUGAGCCAUUACGCAGGUUCACCAAUGCCAUUAACGCCGAUGAUGCCUGGUUGUCCUCCAUUGACGCCGAAUGGACCACCAUAUCACUACAGCGAGCCUAUCCCGCCGGCACCAUCACUCUCCAGCAGUCAGUCGCAGCCCGCUUUCCAGCAGAAAAUUCAACAGUAUCAGCAACAGCAAUCGCAGCACGAGAUGUCGAGUUCUCAUUCUCAAAGCGUUCUACCAUCUCAACAGAAACAAACGCACACUUCACAUUUCACAAGCAAUCAGUAUCAGGAGAGCUAUCCUCAUACGCAAACGUAUCAGCAGCCGCUUCAGCAACAAUCGCAGCAGCAGCAGCAUCCGGCCUCGACCACGUACCUGACAUCGGCCAGCCAGAGCGUAAUACCUCACUAUACACAGCCUGCCCAGACCGCCCAGAAUUAUCAGUUGAAUGGGAGUCAACAGGCAACGACAUAUCCUAGUUUGUCCAUGGCCUCGCAUCCAAACGGGACGUACAGCUCGGGCGCGACCAGCUACAACACUCAGUUGGCACAUCAUAACUAUACUGUGCCACAAACGAACCUCCCGCAGACAACGUUAUCCUCGCUGCCGCUGUAUUCCACCACGUCCUUUCAUUCCACCCUCGGGGGACUCACAAGCGUACCCCAGUCCGUUCUUCCUUUCUCCACCGGUCAGAGCACCUUCGCUAAUACCAGUGGAUCGACGUACUCCACUACCGUCGGGACCAACGCUUUCGGGACGUCGGGCGUAAGCUCAGGUAGUAGUUCAGGAGGCCUGUUACAAGCAAUAGGCGAUCCUUUACAAGCGAUGCAGCAACUCUCCGCCCAGUCGCAGGCAAAUCAGCUUCAGCAGCAGGCGAUUAUCCAGCAGAUCCAACAGAGCUUGCGUGCCAGUUCGCCGACCGUGCCCGGUACUGCGACCGGUCAUCAUAUUCUUGGCCCUAGGCAAAUGCCGAAGAUCCCCACGAGUAUACUGACAAAUCCUUUGGACCGACUGACCAACACCGAAGACAUUAUAUCCGAGGGUCAAGUGGACAUGCUGGACGUGCCCGGCAAGGGCAGAUGUUAUGUUUACAUAGCUCGCUUUAGCUAUGAGCCGUUCCAACAUUCGCCGAACGCGAAUCCGGAAGCGGAACUACCGGUCCAAGGUGGCGAUUACCUUCUAGUCUGGGGCCAACCCGACGAAGACGGCUUUCUGGACGCAGAGACACUCGACGGUAGACGCGGUCUGGUGCCGGCCAACUUUGUACAGAAGUUGGUAGGCGACGAUCUGCUAGAAUUUCAUCAAGCCGUUCUCGGCCUCAGGGACGUAGACGAUUCUGCCUCGACGAAUAUCCCUCAAUGCUAUCUGCAAGAUAUUGAUUUAGAAUUAGCCGCAUUGGAAGAAGGAAACCGGAAUCGUCAAGCAGAACUAUCCGCGUACGCGGAACUCGACAAUAUUGCGGAGGAGGAUGAACAAGAACCACCAGUUCCGGCGCCGCAGCACCUCACGCUUGAGCGACAACUCAACAAGAGCGUGCUGAUCGGAUGGACUGCACCCGACAACACGCACCAACUCGAAUCCUAUCACGUCUACGUGGACGGCGUGCUGAAAGUCACGGUGAAGGCCACCGAGAGGACCAGGGCCUUGGUGGAAGGAGUCGAUUCUACACGGCCGCAUAGGAUAAGCGUGCGCUCGGUCACGCACUCGAGAAGGACGUCGCGCGAUGCCGCUUGCACGAUGGUGAUCGGCAAAGACAUCGCGCUGGGGCCGACUGCCGUCAAAGCAUCAAACGUAACGGCGACUAGUGCCGUGAUAUCCUGGCUACCCAGUAACAGUAACCAUCAGCACGUCGUCUGCGUGAACAACGUGGAAGUUAGAACUGUGAAGCCGGGCGUCUACAGACAUACUAUCACUGGCCUGGCGCCGUCAACGAUAUAUAGGGUGACCGUCAAGGCGAAGAACCUGCGGGCGACGCAUUUUGAGGACCAAAAUGCCCAGGCGGCAAAUAAUCUUGCCUGCCAUGUCCACUUUAAAACGUUGCCCAAGGGAUUGCCGGAUCCUCCGGUCGAUAUCCAGGUGGAGGCUGGACCGCAGGACGGCACUUUGCUAGUGACCUGGCAGCCUGUUGCCCUAAACGGUUCGGCCGUCACCGGUUACGCGGUGUACGCCGAUGGUAAGAAGGUCACCGAUGUUGACAGUCCCACCGGGGAUCACGCGCUAGUCGACAUACACAAGCUCAUGGGUCUUAACCCGAAGCAUAUCACUGUCAGGACUAAGAGCAGGGAAAGUCAAUCAGGCGAUAGUUGCGCAACAGCGAUACCUUGCAGCGUGCUUCGUGGUGGUCCCGCCGUCGCUCACAUGCCGUCUCAUGGCGGACUCCCGCACAUGGUGGAUCAACGACAACAGCAGUCCACUAUGGGUCCUCAGGAUGAUUCCAGUCGCCAUCGUAUGGGAGCCGUAAGUCAGCGAUACCCGAACGCGCCCGUGCCCUCGCAUAUGCGACGACACGUGGCUAACAGAGUAGACGCUCACGGUCAGGUUAUCAUCGAGACGGACGAGAAUCUUUCCGACAAGGAGAUUUACCCCGGACAGAGCAUUCCUCAAAUGGGAAUUCCGGAAAUCACAAAAGAUUCUGCGAGUGAAGCAAAUUAUAGCGAGGAGGACGAUCCCACGCGUAGAUCGCGGGGAAUGCCACCACAGCAUCACGGCCCGCAACAUCGAUAUGGCGCGACAAUGGAUCCUCAGGGCCCGCCUGGAGCACAUAGGUCUCCUAGCAUGGGCGGUCCCAGCAGUAGACCGCAAGAUCCUUAUUAUGACCAAACGGGACCGUCUCAAAGGGGACGAGGACCGGUUUAUGGGCGCGGUGGACGAGUACCGCAGGCUCAAGGUGGAGCGAGUCAUCCACCGAACGUAGCUCAACAAAUGAACAAGAGGCAGCGAUGGUUCGUGGCACUGUUUGACUAUGAUCCUACGACCAUGUCACCAAAUCCAGAUGCAUGCGAGGAGGAAUUACCAUUUUCCGAAGGCGAUACCAUCAAGGUAUACGGCGAAAAAGAUGCUGACGGUUUUUAUUGGGGCGAGUGUCGCGGUAGGCGAGGAUAUGUUCCUUACAAUAUGGUGGAGGAGCUUAAAGAUCCACCAGGUCAAGCACAACCUGGUAGGAGAGGACCCGCACAGAGUGAGAGAUGGGGUGACAUUUAUGCAAGCAUGCCCGUGAAGAAGAUGAUAGCCCUCUACGAUUAUGAUCCUCAUGAAUUAUCCCCUAACGUUGAUGCUCAAGUUGAAUUAACGUUUCAAACCGGAAACGAGAUAUAUGUCUACGGUGACAUGGAUGACGACGGAUUUUACAUGGGCGAGCUGAACGGCGUGCGCGGUUUAGUGCCGAGUAAUUUCCUCACAGAGGCACCCGGGCAAAAUCAGGGGCAACCGCCGCAAGGUAGCAGGCGACCCGGCGGCCAGAGCCAAGGACCGGGUGCGAGGGGGCCUCCACCACCUCCUCGGGAACCACCCCCGGCCGGUCACCGACGUGGCAAAGAUGCCUGCAUUGUGCCUGUGUCUGUCCCUGUCUGUCACUUAGACUCUAGACAACUACAACAACAACCACCACCAUCACUAAUGAACAACCAACAACAUCAACUACAACAUCAAAACAAUCCACCGCAUCUAGCCUAUCAACAAGCGAAUCACCACAGCUACACGACCGUAACCACGUCCAAUCAGCAUGGGCCCAGUCACUUGCCACCCGGCGGCGGUGUCAUGGGUGCCCAUCAGCAAGGUCCCGUACUGCCCCACCUUCAGCAACAGGGGAAGGGGAGGGGCGGCGUGGCCAAUCGGAUCGCUGGUAGUAACAUGCCAGGUAUGCAGGGGCCGGGUCAGCAUCUUCAGCAACAGGACUACCAAAGCCAACAGCAAAUGAAUCAGCCCUAUCAGCAACAACCGAAUCAGCCCUACCAGCAGCAGCAACAAUCGAAUCAAGGGUAUUCGCAACAACAGACGCAACCGUUCCAGCAAUCGCAACCACAACAGCAAAUGGGCCAGCCGUUCUCGCAGCAGAAUCAACCAGGCGGUCUUGGGAUGCAACUCGGCGGUCCUCAAAGCACUAGCAAGCCUAUGAGAGGAAUACCAUCGGUGCUGCCAACAGCGCAAUCCAAGACGCAGCCGAUGCAGCCGAUGCAGCAACAGCAACAGCAACCGCAGCAACAGAGCACCGGGCCGAACCUGAUGCAGAAGUUCACCGAGAUGGCCGGCGCGAGCGCAGGCGGUGAUAUACUCUCCAAAGGGAAGGAGCUCAUCUUCAUGAAGUUUGGAUUGGGCAAGUGAGGAGAAGCGAUCGCUAACGACGUGACGGUGACGACGAUAACGAUAAUAACGACGAUACAUUGUCGUUUCCGUUUCGUUUUUGUCGCGCUCAACGUUCGCAUGCGCGCAAAGUCAAUCUCGUCGAUCACGAGCUGUAUAAAUCAGUAUUACGACGAACGUCGUUUGACAGCGGAAGAUAUGCAACGAGGACGCAAUCUUACCGAAUAUUGUUGCUGAAGACAAAGAGGACAAGGCGGAAAAGAGUGCGCCGCCAUUGCUGCUGCUGCUGUUGCUGCUAUUGUUGCUACUCGCUAUUAAUCGUUAAUUACUGCAAAAUAAAGAGGAACCGUCGCUGGGCAAACAUAAAUCGAGAACGAGCCUCGCGAUAGAGGAAAGGAGAAAGAACGUUCGGUGGAGAUUGCUUGAGAUAAAAGUCACUCACACCGAGAAUCUACCGAUGAUUCCAUCGAUCGAGAAGAGAUAAGAAAUACGUACAAGAUUCAUCGAACUUCUUUUUAAUCCUCCUUUUCCGAAAUCUUCUUCUUCUGCUACUUCGUCUUCUUCUUUGCGCGACGAUAGGAUCCUCGAUCGAUGCUGGGCGGUCCAUUGAAGAGAUACUUGUCGAUUGCUCGUCCGCCGAACCGUCGCAGAAUCUCCUAGCAUACACGAGAUAAUCAGUGUCACGGUCAAUGCUAUCUGCGAAAUGUACUUCGAGCGACGGCGCGCCAAAUCAUAUAAAUCGCGUAUCUGCGCGACUGUUUCUUCCAAUCUCUCCUCAUUCUCUUUGCGUUAUUCGGAGCGCCGUUCGGUUCUCAAAGUAAAACAGAAACCUUUGUUGCGAUACAGAUUGUAUCGAGUGUACGUAGAAGAGAGAAAGAGAAGCAUUUCGCGUAAAUUCUGUAUUAAAAUGAGUCACUGAUAAAGCGAAGCUAGACAAGCCGAAGUCAGAUUUUUCGUGGACGGAAGAAAAAGAUAGAGGCCGACCUACAAAGGGAUAAUCAUAUCGCCAUAUAGGAGUGGGGACGCGACAACAACGUGGGUGUGCCUUGGGAGAACCAUUUCACCCAGCAGCAACCAAUGAUCAUAUCUUUAAUCAAUAAUUCUCUAGUUAUUUUUUCUUUCUCUCGUGAAAAUUGAGCGCGCUAUAUCGAGAGCCGUAGCGGCGCAUACACGAAUAAACGAUCACGAUCUCUCGUCUUGACAAUUUUCUCUUGUUCCCGUGUGUGUGUGUGUGUGUGUGUGUGUGUGUGUGCGCGCGCGCGCGUGUGUGUGAGCCUGGAAGCCCCUCCUCCCCCUCCCUCUUCGCAUAUUCCCUUACAUUAUCCUACGUCCUUCGCUUUUAUUCCAGCAUUCCCGAAUGCGCGCAGAUGAAAUCGUUGUGUCCGGACCGCGAGAGAGAGAGAGAGAGAGAGAAAGAGAGAGAGAGAUCCUCGAACCUCGUGUUUUAGCCGCUCGGAUGAAUCUCGGAAUCGGGAUCGCCUGUUCGGAUCGGGAGAUAAUUGAACGAAUCCGAGACGAUGCUCGAGGAUGAAUGGCGAUAGGGCCGUUUGUCAUCGGACCCGUCUUGAAUGGCGCACAAAAAUCGGAAGCAAAACGGAGUACGGAGCAACACCACGGAGUCAGACACCAAUGAAACGCAGACACGAAACGCUACGAUCCUUCGAUCGGGGCGGGCGAAUCGGCCGCGUAUCAAACGGUAAUUAUAUAUCAUAACUGUGUGUAUGUGAGUGAGAGAGAGAGAGAGAGAGAAAUAGGCGAGAUGGAACGGGAGAUUAUAGCGUAUUAAAUACGGUAACGGGAUAUACAUAUAUACAUAUGCAUAUACAGAUAUACAUAUAUAUACAUAUAUACAUAUAUUUAACUAUUGCAAAGUGUUGUUACAUCGCUACUUGUAUCGUAUUUUGUACAAAGUAUCUUUACCUUCGAUUGUUUUCUUUCGCCAAGAUAUAUUUAGCAAAAAAAUAUGGCGGAGAAAGAGCGACGAAUCUUUUCCGGAUCCAAUUUCAAAUCAUUCAACACUAUCAUUAUCAACAUUUUAUCCUCAUCCUCACUGUUUUCACCAUCCUCACUAUUUUUAGCAUUCUCUUUAUUCUUAGUCUCAUUCUUAUCCUUAUUCUCAUCAUUAUUAUCAUCAUUAUCAUUAUUGUCACCAGUAUCAACUUCACGUCAUUGACGCAAACUUGUACUUAAUUGUUAUUACUCGCGCCUGUCCUGUGUAUGUACUCGCUUCUCGUAUAUUUUUUGGCGAUGGUGAAUAUACAUAUACAGCAAGACAUGCUCGAGAUUUUGAGAAGAAGAGAACACCGCAUAGGGAGACAAUCAUUUCCGUCGAGAAACGAACCAAGUUCUAGAAAACUUAAGAUCGCGAUUCAAUCCUUUCACUCCCAUCGAGGCAUGCAUGUCCCACUACAGCUUUAAUGAUUUUUUGGGAAGACAGUAUCUCAUAAUAAUAUUACAAUCACACUUUGUUAGAAUUUAGUAUAUUACGUAUUCUAAGAUGACAGUGAGAGGGCUAAUACUGCAACAUAAAAGUAAUUUAAAGUAAGUUGAUUUUCUGACAUAAACGGAACGAUAUUAAAAUAAUAAGAACAUCCAUGUAUACGUCUAUGGACCAAACAAAAUUUUUAAUGUUAAAAAAGUCAUAAUUCACUAUCUGAAUAAAAUUAAUUUGAAUAGCUCGUUUUUGUUCAUCGUGCAGUCAGGUAGAUAUCUUAUUUUUGUCGAUCAGAGUUUUUCCACACGUAAAUUGUUAAAACUAGUUAAACCUCCUGAGACAGGGGAGAGAAACGCGAUUGUCGUUUAAAUGAUAAUGAGAUUUAUCGCAAGCGCUGUAAAUAUUAAGAUACAUACAUAGAAAUUAAUUGCGAGCGAAAGACGGACGUGUCUCCCUAACGCGGUGUUUCCAUUACACAAGCUUACGCAUGAAUGAUUACAUUUGCAUGGAGUGAAAUCUGUCUGAAUCAAAAGUAGACAGAACAAACGUACUCGAAUGUCAAUGCAUUACCUGCUUUUUUUUAUUUUAUUGUUGCCUUGUCGCGCAAUAGUACGAUAGUAUUCGGCUUUGACCGUGCGCGUCCGACGAUCGACUACUGAUCAGGUCUGGUCGUGUAGCAUCGGAUGAUCGCGCGAGAGAAUCCGUCGCUUUCUCCGCAACCAUUUGCGUAUAAAUCCGCGAAGAUAUCUAUGCACCAUACGUAAUGAUUUGCAAUGACGGGGAAUGCAUCCCCCCGCUCGCAAAGUUAUUUUUAUCGCGUUGUAUUUUUCAAUUAAAGAUUGUAUAUAAAUACUUUUGAAGCGAAAGAGACAGAGAGAGAGAGAGAGAGAGAGAGAGAGAGAGAGAGAGAGAGAGAGAAAGAGAAUAUCAACGCUCGUUUACGGAACUACACGACUGGAACUAUACGAUUCGCAUAGUAAUGAUCGAGUGAGAAAUGAUAGCGAUAUUAUUUAUUAGAGCACGUGGCCCUUUCGCAGCUUUUGCGGCUUUUUCGUUUAUUGUUCCUCCCGCCCUCACAAUUUUCUCAUUGUAUUUACGAUAGCACCGAAACUCAUAUCCGACUAGUAUUAUAAUCUUGAUUCAGGCGAUGUGAAAAAAAAAAGACUGAUACCGAAGUUUCCGAUAUACCGCAGGUGAUUAUAACGCGAGUACCAAGACGCUAAUAGCGAGUGUAUGUAAUCUCUCACGUAUGUCGUGGUCGUUAUGUGUCUUUCUUCGAUAUUGUUUUCUGCGUCUGUCAUCCCACGUAUCUCUAUAAUAUAGCCGUGUAUAGUUCUCUUUCGCGCGAGCGAGAAAGUAUACAUAUUUGUUACGGACUUAAAAUUGAUUAUAGGCGUAAAGAGAGAGGAAAUAUUGUAAGAGAGAAGAGCGAGAGAGAGAAUUAUGGGAGCACCGCGACGCGAGAUGUCGAACGGGUUCCGACAGGAAGCGGGUCUUCGAAAGAGAGAGGAAAAUAUUGUGAGAGAAGAGAGAAAGGGGAGAAAUUAAUUGUCGAUGCGGCGCGCACACAUUAGUGCUUUUACUUACGGUACAAAAUCGAAGAGAGAGAAGAAGAGAAAGAGAGAAAGAAAGAAAGAGAGAGAGAGAGAGAAAUAAGCAUUUUUACUUAUCAUCGUUAGAUUUUUAGAUAUGAUCACCCUAAAACGCACCUAUAUAACUUUCACGCGAACGAACUCAUUGUAUCUCGCGUUACAACGUUCGAACGGGUCAUAUCUGCGACGCUCAUCCUCUUCGCGCGGUCCAGACCAAGCGCCAGCGAUUCGAUAGCGAUUCGAUCGUUUAACGAGAACAAUAAAAUAGCGAGACGCGACAAAACGAUCGAGCGCGGGUAGGAUUACGCGGCGAUAUCGCUCCUUGAGGCCCCUCGAUCCGUCAUUGCAUAAAGGCAUAAACCAUUGAAGAAUCAACAACUACGUUAUAUCUUCUCAAAAGCCGUGAUAUUCGUGUGUAGCUAAAAGUCUGAAUUUUUAAUCGACCCACGUCCAAUAUGUGAUUAAAUGGUCAAUCCCGAUCCAUCCCUAAAUUUCAUAACUAGCGGUGCAUCUCGCAUUGUCCUAUGUCGAAUGUGAAUUGCUGUUUGUAAAGUUCUAUAAUUAUCCGACAGAGUUUCUUCAUUGUAAGUUCCAUUUUGGAGGUGAAUAAAAUAAUAAAUAAUCUUUACCUUCUUCGCAAUCGCUAUGACGGAUCGUCGGCCUUAAUUCGGCGGUACCAAUCGCGACAGGUCCACCGAGUACCUCUAAGGAUCGUUUAUCGAGCCUCACGCCUCUGUAUAUUUCAUUGUACAUUCUCAUCGUUACCGACUUUUAGCCUCUGAAUGGGACGAUCCGUGUAGCUCUUUUGAUAUCGUGGCGAUCGGGUGUCGAGGAUGAAAUCGACUGGCGAACAAAUAAACGAGCGAGCGAGCGUGCGAGCGAGCUCUCGAAUGCUGAAAGGAACGCAGGUGCGCCCAACAAUUCUCCACAAUUUUCCGGACGUUUCUUUCGGUCUUCGUAGAUACCUUUAGGUGUAAGGCACUGGGUUGAUUUUCACCUACUAGGUGUCGAAUAGAAUAAAAUAUAACGCCCGCCCUCCGCGCAUUCACACACAUACACACACACACACACACAAACACGCGCGCGCGCGCGUACAUACGAAUCACACAACCCAGGUCGACACGUCGACAGCAAGUGUCCGUUUGAGAGUUAUUGUCUAAUUGUAAGAGCGUUUCUUUGACAGUAAAGUAUUUUACAAUUAAUUCUCCGUUCGCCGCGCGAGAUAAAAGCGAUUGUACUUGAUAAAAAAAGAAAAAUUUUUACUUUCAAAGUGUGAUUUAUUUUAGGAGUUUGUCGAGAUCGAAAUUGGAAAAAAAAAUCUUAAACGGACACCGAUACUCUCCAGCUAGAUCGACGACGAUCGUUCUGGGAUCCGUGAACUUUCGUUCACUAGGAAAGCUUCACUGACGGAGGGAGAGAGCGCUAUAACGAAUCAAAGUGACUGAUAGAGGGACGGUACAAGGAGGAGGCUACGAAGCUAUCCGGACGGUGUUAAUUAGUCGCCAAUUAUUGUCAUUCUUUCUCUCGUGUCGACAUUAAGGACGUAUGAAACGGGAGCAGAAGGUAGCGCAAAUCGAUAUAUAACACGUUUCAAUAUAAACGAAAAAAAAAUAUUAAUAAAAAGAAAAUAUAUCGCGUCGUCUCUUAAGCAUGCCAAGAGAGAGGUACGCCAGCUACGUUUGUCAUUCAGUAAUCUUGCGCUUUGUUUUUUCUAUGAAUCGGUGCGUGACGAUCUUACUCCUUGUUAGAUCGAGGUGAAGUAAGAGAAACAGGAAGAAAAAAAAGAAGCUGCUAUAUAUAAAGAGAAAAGGGGAGAUUUAAGAGAGCCCAUAAAAACACACACACAAUGUUAUUAUAAACGAUUAAUUAAUAAAAAACGAA